CUUCGGUACUCCACUUUGGUCGUUUUAAGUCCCUGAGGUUACGCGAAUAAAACCGCCUAACCUACCUGCUGCAUGUCAUAUAUUAUAUAUUACAUAAUAUACAUAUACACAACAUACACACACAUAUAUAUAUCGAUAUUUCUCAAGAAUCUGGUUAUCAACUUAUUGUAUCAUCAUCAUCAUCAUCCACAUUGAAGCUUUCUCGACAUAUAUAUGAAAUCAUGGAUGUUGUGGAUUCCAUCUCCAGAAGAAAAAAGGCACUGAUUGGCGAGCUGGAAAAUCUUCGAAAAGAAAAUGAAAGUCUUAAAUGGCUGCUUGAAGUUUUGAACAGUAAAUACAGUAUGCUGGAAGCCCAAGUCAAGCAAACUUGUAGUAGUAAUAAUAAUAAUAAUAAUAAUAAUCGUCGUCGUCGUCAUCAUCACAAAAACACAGAUGAAGAUCAGCAGCAGGUUGUCGAUUGCUCAUACUAUGAACCCAAUAAGAGACCAAGAACUCAACUUCAACUACAAAAGCCAUCUCAGAUCUUUGUAAGAACUCACCCCAAAGAUAAAACCCUAUCAGUGAAAGAUGGAUACCAAUGGAGGAAAUAUGGGCAGAAAGUGACGAAAGACAAUCCUUCUCCAAGGGCAUAUUUCCGAUGCUCCAUGGCUCCUGCAUGCCCUGUCAAAAAGAAGGUCCAAAGAUCCUUAGAGGACAGUUCAAUUCUGAUUGCAACCUAUGAAGGAGAACACAACCAUGACAUCCAUGGACAAAAUCUCUACUUACAAGGAAACUCCAUUGAUACUAAUAACCCUACCAGCUCUCUCAUCACCAAUUUCCCAUACCCUUUAAGGGUUAACCCUUUUGAAAGAUGCAUCACCCUUGAUCUUGCUCUUUCACCAGCUGGGUCCACUCAACACCAUGAUCAUCAUCAUCAUCAAUAUGCCAAACCCACUCAGAAUAAUUCCAUUCCAGACGAUAAUGACAACAACAAUCUCGAGAUGAAGACGAAGAGCGAAGAAGAGAUGAUGGAAUCAUUGACCAAAGAUCCUAACUUCAUUCUAUCUUUAGCUUCAGCAGUUGCAAGAUCCAUUACCCAGUCCCCUAAAUCAACAGCGAUAUGA